AUUCUUUCCACCUUUCAGACGGCACCGACUCUCCUUCACCUCUUCCCUGCACCGUCCUCCACUAUGCCUAAGCUGUCCAAUAUCCACGGUGCGCUAAUCGUAACCGUUGCAAUUUCUCUUCUUCUUCUCUCCAUCCUAAGUCUUUCGCUCGAAGCCCACGUUCGCAUAGAUUUAACAUCUCGAUGGCCUCACCAUUACAUCGACCUCGUGUCCUACCCACCAUGGGCAGACGGUCGUCCUGUUUAUUCGAAAAUCCCUCUAGAAUAUACCUCAUUCCCCUCAAACCUCAUCAUCUCCGCCGCGGCAUCUGGGAUUCUAGCUUCCACAGUCACCGGUUUAGCAUGGUGUAUUGGGAAUGGGAGAGGCAGCGAAGAAAAUAGUCUGGCCGAAGAUAUCAAACCGCGCUUCUGGACAACGGCGGCAAUCGCCAUUUCCACCGCCUGCGUUUUCAUAUCUCUAGAAACAGUCGUACUCUCAUUCUUCAUUAACCUUUGGGCCUCAUCGGGAGGCCAGGAAAUGAAAUCCGGGUGUCAGUACAUCCGCGAUGCUGCAGGAAAACAUAGCAUGUCCUGUACACACCAAUCUGCAGUCUGCAACCUCCUUCCCGAGCAUUGGCCUAAAGACUCGGUGUCUUGGAGAUUCCUUUGCUUUGAAGCUGUGAGUUGUUUGCAACUUAUCUUUUACUAAGUGAUUUGCAAUACUAAAGCGCGCCCCCCUCGCUGACCAUUAUCCACAAAAGAAAACCGCACGCGGAAGCACAAUCGGAAUCCUGGCUUUAUCCCUGACGCUAUUAAUCGUGCAUCUUGUGUAUUUCUGGAAAAGAAACGGGAAUAUUCCCGGAGGGAGUUACUCCCCUUUGGUACUGGACACUUGAGACGAAACAAGAAAUUUGAGUACGAGAACACGCCGGCCAAAGUUUCUUUACGC